UGUAUAUCAGUCGUUCAGCAAAGCUAGAAUCAGCUUCAGUUUAAUAUUGUCAUCCUCGGCGAAAGGAUCUUUGUGAAGAAGAAAAAGUCAGUUCAUCAUGAUGCCAGCUCACCUAUUCAAGUUGGCGAUACUCUUCCUUGGUUUCAUUGGAUACCUUACUGGAACAAAGCAAUCUUCACGGGAACUGCGAUCGAUUGUCCACAAUCACAGAGACAGACGCAGCAUCUACCUGAAUUCUAAAGCCCCAAUCCUUAUUGCGGCAUUUAUCACGAUUCCCAUUUCGGUGGCUCUUCCAGCCUUGAGAGGCCGUAGCGCUCGGUCACAAACUGAGUACAACGCAACUGAAGUGCCUUAUUCCUACGAUGACCCACUUUAUGCGGCCCAGCUACAGAAAAUCGACAUUUACAUGGACUAUAUGGAGAUUCGGGAUGAUAUGUGUCGACAACGUUUCAUCUGUGAAGUCGCCUCAUCGCCGGACACCUAUUCUCCGUUGUAUGGCAUUUUCAAAAAGCAGCUCACAACGGAUUUGGAGGUGAAGAAGUCAUAUUUCAGUCGUUUCUUCCGCUAUUACAAUGCGCUGAUUGAAGGAAAGAAAUCAGCUAUUCAACACCCUGCGAAUCCAACUGCCAUUUGCCAUCAGCUUUUCGGUGAAUGCCCAAAUGACAUUAAGGAAACGAUCAACAUGGAUGUGUUGCACAUCAUGCAGUUCCUGACGCAAAAAUUCCACAUCGAAUUCGCCGACACCACGGCCUAAUUUUUGAAAUACUGUGUGCAAAAUUUAAUUAAUUUAUUGGUUGCAAAUUCGUAUUAAAGACGUAUUUAUGCUUUACCUUUUUAUCAUGUUUACUUGUUAUACGAAGUUUGUUAACCAAAUAUAUAAUGGUUAAAUACAUUAUUAACGAGA